AUGUCAUCUUAAAAUAAUAAUAAAUUGAUGUGUUCAUCUCAUGAAAAUUUUGAGAUAAUUGCUGUGGAUUUGAAAAAAUAAACAAUUGAUAAAUAAGGUAAUAAAUUUUUAUGUGCAUAAUGUCUUAUAUAAAAAUUAGGGGAUGGUAACAUCAUAUUGUAUAAUUAAACAAUUGAGAUGAUAAAAGACUUAAAAUAAAAAUCAAAUUAAUUGAAUAGAGAAGCUUGCUAACUUAAAUUAUAAAAUAUGUAAGAGCUUGAAUCAUCUAUAAAUAAUUUCAAUGAACUUUUUAAUGAUAUAUUUAAUAAGUUGCUUAAAAGUAUUGAUUAACAGAUUAAGGAGAAUUAAAAGGAAAUAUAAUCAAAAGAUGUUACGAUUGAUUUAAUAAAUUUAGCUGAAGAUGUUCAAAUUUUAUCUGAUAAUUAUUAGGGUGAUAAUUAAUACAGUAUUCCAAGAGAAUAAAUUAAUGUUUAAAGCAUUUCUUAAUUUUUAGAUGUAAUUAAGCUACCUCUUAUUUAAUUAUCUAGUUCAUCUUAAUUUUCUCAAAUACUUUAAUCAAUAAAAAAAAUAGAAUAAUAAUAUUCAAUUAUUUAAUAACAUUAAAAUAAUGAGAAAGAAUAAAAGGUAUAUAUAUAAUUUAAUAAUUAAGAAAACUCCAAGUUUAAACUAAAUAUGUACUGAUCACUAAUUAGAGAUUAUAGCAAUAAAUUUACAUUCAAUUGGAUAGGAAUCAGAAACUAAUAGAUUUGCAUGCAUAGAAUGUAUUGAAUAAAACCCAAUCAAAUAUAUAUCAUUAAAAAAAGUUAAUUAAAAAUGGAAUGAAUUUAUUGAAGAAUAAAAUCAAUUAACAACAUAAUAUAAUAGUAAAAGAGAAUCAAAAUUAAAUUCAUUUAUUAAAUUGAUUGAAUAAUUAAAAGAUAAUUACAUUAAAACUUUAUCUUAAAUAGAAGAUUAAAUAAUUUAAUUAUUAUAAAUAGAUAAUUCUAAAGAAUAAUAUUAAAUAAAAAAUAUUAGUUUUUUUGAAUAGGAUGAGUAAUCUAUUAAAUAAAUUGUAGAUAUUCUAAGUUAAAAAGAUAAACAUGCUACAUUAUAAGCCAAAUAAGAUAAAAUUAAUGAAGAAGAUUCUUUGCUUUUUUUAAAUUUAAAAUAAGGUCUAGAUAAUUUAAUUAAAUAAGAUUUAUUUGCCAAAGAAUAAUUAGUAAAGAUAUCAAAUUCAAAUUUUGAUGAUUCAUUUAUAUUUAAAAUUAAUGAAUAAAAUACUAAAAAUGAUUGUUAAGAAUGUCAAGAUUUCAUAAUAAAAACAUAGAUUUCGGAUUAGUAUUUAUCAAUUAUAAAUGAAUCAAUCUAAUUCCAUCUAAAACUAUAAACAGAAGUAGAUAAUUUGGUCUAAAAAGGCACUUUAUAAUUAACAAACACUGAUUAGUAAUCAUAAAAUGAAAUUUAAUAACUGACCUAAAAACAAUAUUAAAAAUUUAUACAAAAUUCAAAAUAAAUGACACUGAUUUAGAUGGCAUAAGAAAAUGACAAAUAAGUAUCUAAUUUAUAAAAAUAAUUAUUAGAAGUAAACACUAAACAUAAUUAAUUAUAAUAAACAGAUAAAGAUAGUAAAAUCAAAAUACAAACACUCGAAAAAUAAAUAGCAGAUUCAAAUAGUAAGUAUCAGAAAGAAUUGAAAGAAAAAUAGGAACAAUUUAGUAUUAAAGAAUAAGAAUUGUAAAAUAAAUUGAACAAAACAUAUUAUAAAUGGACAUUUUCAGAUACAUACAAACAUGCAAAUUGUAGAUUAUCUUAAUGCAAGACAAUUGUGGAUGAAUCAGCUUAAGGAGAUUAUUAUUAUUGUUUAGCUGAUUAAAUGUUACCAAAAAAUUAAACAACUUUUUUUGCUUUUAGAAUAUUUGCAAUAGGAUCAUGGUGUUUUGUUGGAAUUGGAGAGAGAGAAGUGCUAAAGAGCAAAGGAUUUAAAGGUUGGGGUUAAGGGUAAAUUAUAAUAAUAUAUUAGAGGAGAUUAUACAAUUUUAUAGGAUGGAAGAAACUUUUCACAUCAUUAAAUUAACAUUAGAGGAAAUAAUUAUAAUUCUAUUAAAUUCGCAAAUAAUGAUACUAUCUUAAUUGAAGUUAACAUGCAAAGUAAAUAUAUUAAAUGGACAAAGUUACAAUCUAAUGAAUAGUUUGUAAUUAUAAAUAUUAUAAUAGAGCUUAGAAAUAGAUCCAAACCUAGAUUUAUAUCCAUGUGUUAAUUUGUUUAAUGGGACAAAAAUUUAGAUAUUUUGA